AUGACGGAGAGCACGCAACCGGAGCUGGACCCUCUUCGACUGCAGCCACACACUCACCAACCCUCAGCAGCAUCAACGGCCUCAGGACCCAUCGGAAACAUCGGAUCAAAUCACGCUCGAGCCAGCGGGGAGAAGCGCAUGGUGGAUACGCAAAAGCUGGAAACUGAUACAACAUCCGACAAGGCCACUGCAGCUUUCAUACGACGCACCCUUUGCUCAAACAAUGUAUUGCUUGGAAACGGCGAGAAAGGGGGGACUGCGCCUCGUCCAAUCGACGAACUUCUUCCCCCCCUGACGAGCUCGAAUGAGGUCGACCUCCAGCUGUAUGGCAUCAUCUCGGUCAUCAUUAAGGAAUUCGUGCAGACGUGGUACUCGAAGAUGACACCCGAUCAUGUUUUUGUCAACGAAGUAAUUCAGGUUAUUGCGCACUGCACGAGGGCGCUCGAACAGCGCAUACGCAAGGUUGAUUUGGAGGCUCUGCUGCUUGACGAGAUCCCAGGGCUUUUGGAAGAGCAUCUGACGGCAUUCCGUCUCGCAAAGCAACAAGCCUCAUCCCCACAAUCGCUAGUGUCAGAUCCACGUCUCAUCUACCACACGCUUUACCCGCACCCUGCUCUGUCUCCUGUUCCGAUCGACGCCGUGCCGUCGACACAUGUCGAGCAGCGAGAGAGCGAAUCCGCCUGGCGCCAACUUAUCAUCCAAGGGGUUCUGGCUGUGUUACUCCCCACCGAUGAUCUCAAGAAUGGAUGCCUACGAUCCCUAGUGGCCGAGAUCUUUGCCGAGAUGAUACUAGGCAACGGAAUCAGCGGAAAAGCCUGCGAGGGCUGGCUGUUAUUGGAGGCGAUCGGGAGAAUAGCAGAUAUACUCCAGACCGAUCACCUUGGAGAGGAGGACCCUUCAUCAAGCGAAAGAGCCGCGGAUGAGGACUUGAGCCGUCUGGAGCGCUUUGGACUACUGCCUUCACAAGCCGAAGAAGGAAGUGGUCCGACCAAACUACCAGUCGUUGAUGGCGGUCGUCAUGAGUCCACAGCCACAUCUGCGUCCGGUCUAUUCUGGCUUGUCGUCCAAUACGCAUUUCUGGCGUGUACAGCGCUGCGCGCGGUCAUCCUAACUAUAGCCACAUCAUCAUCAUUGCCUUCAAGGUCUUUGGCAAGCGGACCGACACCGAUCGAAGAGAGUCGCCAAUCACACCUGCCAGAAGCGGAAUAUCAGGCCUCGACGCGCUUACUGGCAGCUAAACGGCCUAUCUUGAGCAUGAAGUUGUGGAGCUGCGCUGCGCAGUUUGUGGAGUUGGAUGUCCGCAUGCCUUGGCUGACCGGCUUCGUCUCAAUUCUGCACUGUGGAGCGUUGUUCGGCCCAGGAAGGGUGGGUGACACUGACGGUGUAUUGGACAGAUUUCUCUCCAACAUCAUCCACACGCGCAUCUUAAACCCCGCUCUGCUUCCAGUUGUACUGCGAACGGUGCGCGCUACGCUAUUUCCGAACAACGGUAUGGGCCCCCCACGGCUAAUACCCAACGAGGAAGAGACAAAAGAGAUCAAACACCGCUGCGCUGCCUCGUUGCUUGGUUUACUACCGCCGAAAGUGGCAGCUGCGUUCUUUGCGAGUGACAACAGAGUCGCACAGCAUCAGCAAGUGGAGGAAAUCCUCGACUGCCUCGAAGACACGUACUUGAACAAGCAUCUCAUCUUCCAGAUACUCGAAUUGGUUGUACUGAGGCUAGCGCCCGAGCUGGGGCAGCAAGGCGUACGGGAUCUGAUGGAAGACCGCAUAGGUUGA